CGAAAGCGAGGUUUCACCUGCCUAUGUUAUAUGGUGGAAGUGAGGCUGCUCAUCUCUUCAGACGGAAAUACAGUGCAGUUAUUCAUGAUGCAGUUCAUGCUUCUGUUCAGUCGUCAAGGCAAGCUCCGGCUGCAGAAAUGGUACGUGCCUCUGUCUGACAAAGAGAAAAAGAAGAUCACCAGAGAGCUGGUCCAGACCGUCUUAGCCCGGAAGCCUAAAAUGUGCAGCUUUCUGGAGUGGAGAGACCUAAAGAUUGUUUAUAAGAGAUAUGCCAGCCUGUAUUUCUGCUGUGCCAUAGAGGACCAGGACAAUGAGCUCAUCACUCUGGAAAUCAUCCACAGAUAUGUGGAGCUGCUGGAUAAAUACUUUGGCAGUGUUUGUGAGCUUGACAUUAUUUUCAACUUUGAGAAGGCCUACUUCAUUCUGGAUGAGUUCUUGCUGGGCGGUGAGGCUCAGGAAACGUCCAAGAAGAACGUUCUGAAGGCCAUCGAGCAGGCGGACCUACUGCAGGAGAGCCAGAGUGAAGACUGGGGAAGUUUGCCAAAUGAGGGGAUCUUGUAAAGGCCUAUCCGUGCCUCCAUCCAUUUAAUUGGACGCCAAAGAUGCAGAGACCCCUCGCAGCGUGCUGGAGGAAAUUGGACUCACAUAAACAUUUCCUCCGUCAUCAUCCUCCUCAUCAUCAUCCUGCUUUGGCCUCAGAUCCCUGUCCUGUGCUGGCUACUGUUCUUCAUAGACCCGAUAACUCUUAUUCACAAUCACACAUUCUGACUGUAAAGUCAUAUCUAGCAGUUUCUGCUUUCUUAUUUAUUUAUUUAUUUUCCUUCUCAGUUUUCCAGUGCGCAGUGUGAUGACAUAUGGGGAAAAACCCCCCAGCAGUUUAUUAUGCUUUUUAUGUUUUGUUGUCAAAUAAGGGAAUAGAUUGUGUCACGUUAUUUAAAGGGAAGUCUAAAGUAUUACGUUAGAACCAAAGAGUAAGGUCUCAUCGUUGGGAGGUUAUCAAUAGCCGAUAAGUUUUAAACUGAAGAUGUGUGUGAAUUAAAACGCACUCACUGUGAUCACUCAACAACGCAUCACUGUUCAGUCCGGAAUAAACGCUGUAAUAUCUUCGUUUACAAGCUCACGCCGCUCUUAUCGAUCACACUUUGGCUUUACAAAAAUAGCCAAUUUACAGUCGAAUGCCUUAAACCACUGACUAGUAUUUUUUUUUUUUUUUAUGGCAACAAUGUAGCAGGUAAACGCGCUGGAUUGGUUUUACUUCACGUAAAAGUGCAAGAAUCAAGCCGACUGUUUUUCAUUUCCAUGUUUACAACUUUGUCGACUAAAAGUCAGAGACAUGCAGCAGCUGUUAACGCCGCCCGAAACAAGAACUACCCAUCCAUCCAUGGUUUAUACCCACUUGUUCUUGGAGGGGCUGGUGUCUAACUUUAGACCCCCGGAUAAAUUUAGACGUCAUUUCCUGCCUCACCGCUAACAAAGACAUCUAGAUGUUGCUGGACUAAAUGUGGCAGCCAGUUGCCGAUGCCGCUUUAAAGUGGUUUUGUAAGACAGAUCAGGGGGUCAUCAAAACGUUUACUGAUUUUUAGUAACUUAAUUCAAAAGUGAAACUUGUGUUUUAUGUAGAUUCUUUAGACACUUGGCGACAUCUAGUUUUGAUAGUGACAACUGAAAGCUGGCAAAAACUCCAAACUCAAGCAAAUCUUAAACAUUAUUCCAAAUUAAUUAAAAGUUAAUGGAAAGUUGAUUGGAAGAAAACAAUGUGGUCGAAAAAGGCAAACAUGCACCUGAGCGAAGUUGUUCCCUCCUCCACCUUCUUCAAAUUAAAUAAACGUUUGUGCAGAAACAAAUUUUCAUUUGUGCGGCGACCAUUUUAAAGAUAUUGAUGUUUCAAGAGGUCAUGAAAGGUCAAACAGACCCCCAGCUCCUCCCUCCCCUCAACAUUUACCAGAUCAAACAAAAAUAACUUUCAGUAAUAUCCUCAAAACAAACUUUUUUUUUAAUGCUGCAGCAUUCUAAGACAUUUUGGACAAUUUGGAGAUGGUCAUCUAAUGUUCAAAUAUGCCGGCAAAAUAGGGCAUUAUGAAAGUCCAUAAAGACACAGAUGACUGAGUUUGUUGAGGGAAAGCUCGACUGGUCUGCUCAGAGCCACAACCUCAACCUGGAAGGACACUUUUCUGAUCCAUCAGAACAGAGUCCAGAGUAUAGAUUCUACCAUGUCUGAUGCCAAACGAGUGGAUACUUUUGGCGGCAUAAUGAAAUAUUUUUCACUUUUGAACUGAAUUACUGAAAUGACCAUUUCAGAGAUGUUCCUGUGUGCUAAGUUGCACCUGUAAGCAGCAGAGUCCAAAAAAGCUGAAUUGUGUACUGCCCGUACUUUCUAAACAAAGAGACGUCUCGCCGUAGGACGAAACGAUGACACACUGUGGAGCAUGUAAAGUACCUACUGACUGUGAUCAUAAAAAUAAUAAUUUUAAAAAAAAAAAACUUCAGUGGUGAAACUUUCCGUUUCUAAGAAGCAAUAGAAACAUAAACCGUUGGAGUUUUUAUGCAUUGAAACAGUCAUUUUUAACCAUUUGAUCAGAAAAGAAAAAGAAGCUGCACACAUAAAAUGCCUUGGACGCAGGACUGUACAAAUUCCUUGUUAUAAAUGUGCAUUCUUGUGUAUGUCUUAUUUUGGUUUACAUGCUGAUAAAAUCCAAAUUGUGCUGUUUACAUCUUUUCUAUACCUCCUGAUGAGCGGUUUCUUGUCUAAAGAGUUUGUGUGACAGAAUCUGUGUUGUGUUUACAGUAAAAUAAAAGCCGUACAUUACCA